UUGUUUGGGCUAGAUGUGAAUUUUAAAAAAGAUCUGUGUAUGGACAUAGUGUUUGUAGUAGACAGAUCUUGUAGCGUUCCAGAGGAUGAUCUCGUCAAUGAGUACCGUAUCAUUGAGAGCGCCAUCAAUGCCAUAGAAGGAUUUGGACCAGAUAAAACAAGGAUUGGUCUUGUCACAUUUGAUUAUGGAGCCAGAGUCGUUUUUGGUUUGGACGAUGCGGAGACCUCCACCAGGGAGGGCCUGCUUGCUAAACUCGAUGAACUGAAAAGAGAUACAACUCGCCCAGAGAAGUGUAAGACGUACACAUGGGAAGCACUGAAAUUGACCAGGGAAAAUCCAAGUCUAUUUGGAGGAGUAGAUAAAAACAGCGAACGAGAGAGAAUAUUGAUGCUUACUACAGAUGGCGUGCCUUUUGAUAACGAAGGCAAUAGACAGGAAAUGGCGGAUAACACACUUGCAGAGGGGGCUUCAAAUGACGCAGACGGUAUUAAAACCAUGGUUUUCACUGUCAAAAACAAGAAAGGAGUUUUACCUCCAAAAGACUUUUUCGAACAACUGGCCUACUCAAUGCGUUGGAUGUUCCAAGUCGAAAAUGAAUUGGUUGAAGACUUUGCUACCUUUGUCUUCCCUUUACUUGCCAGAUUUACUUGUCCAUAUAAAUGUGACGUAGCGAUUGACUUGAUUUACGUGAUGGAUCGCAGUAUCAGCAUAACGAUACCAAACAUAAAGAAAAUGAAAGACUUCUACAAAGUCGUGACUGGGUCAUUUUCUAUUGGCGAUAUACGAUCUAAGACUGACCUUAAAGCUUCAGUAGCUAUGUUAAGCUACAAUCGCGAUGUCUACAGGCAUUUCACAGGUUUGGAUUGUUCGGACACAGAAUGCGUCGUGAGCGAGAUAGACCAGAUUCCCAACACUCAUGACAACUUCACUGUCACAAACCUUGCACUAGAGGCAGUAAAGGGAAUCGUGAAUCAGUUUACAAGGAAUGGGUUGAAUGGUAUACAUCCAAUAGUGGUUUUGUCAACCGAUGGUAAUACAUGGAAAGUCGGUGCAAACAGUAUUUCAUCUCCCAGUGUUUCAAUUGCUGUUGCUGAUGCACUACGGGCAAGAGGUAUCGAUACAGUCGUAGUCGCUGCACCCAACCACAGAGAGGACCCAGGCUUGAAAGAAUUGAAGGGCAUCGCCAGUCAUUUCGUGUUUGACCUACAGAGUAGUCUUACCUCCUUUGAUGAUCUAAUCCCAAUUGCCCCAAAACUUGUUAAACUCAUCUGCGACAAGUACAGUCCUAACACAGAAAACGAGGCAUGAUUGACGUAUGAUAUUCGUACAUCGAUGUAACAUACAAUUGCUUGUAGACUAACCAUAAUGAAAUGAAAUAAAUCGCAUGCUUUUAGAAAAUCUA